GCUUUUGUUUGAUUCAGUACAUUACACAAUUUCACCCAGAGAGAGAGAGAGAGAGAGAGAGAGAGAGAGAUGAAGGUAGCUCUUGCAACUUUCUUGCUGGUGUCCCUUUUUCUCAGCUCUUCUCUCCUUGAGACUGCAAUGGCUGGUUCAAGUUUCUGUGACUCCAAGUGCGGGGUAAGGUGCUCAAAAGCAGGACGGGAGGACAGGUGCUUGAAGUACUGUGGCAUACGCUGCGAGGAGUGCAAUUGUGUUCCUUCUGGGACUUCUGGGAACAAGGACGAGUGCCCUUGCUAUAGGGACAAGAAGAAUUCCAAGGGCAACCCCAAGUGCCCUUAGAAUUUCAAUCAGUACUAUAACAUAGCCAUGGUAAAAAGAAUAUAUACACAUAAGUUGUUCAGAAAUUGGGUCUAAGGUCUUUUCAGUAUUUGGGGAAUAAAAUGGAGUUAUUUGCAAUUUAUAUAUGUAUGAUGUGUGUGUGUGUGUGUGAGAGAGAGAGAGAGGAUCCUAUCAUGGUCCAUAUGUUUGCUAUGGUGGAUUCAAUUACUUGGUAAUACAGCUAUAAAUUGUUACUACUCA